AUGGCCAAAUCGCGGAAGAACACGAUACUUUCACUCCUGCACCGGGAGAAGCGAAGUGCAUACAAAGCUCUCACAAUGUUUCGUAUGGGCCAAGUAGGAACGAUCUGGAUGGACACCGCCAAACUCGAUUCAAAAAUGCCCCAAUCUCAGCAAUAUUGGCUCCCCGGAUAUGGGCUAUCACGUCAUGUCGUCGUUACCCAAAUACAAUUUUUCCUGGGGCCUGCUUCUUCGGCCAGGCCGUUUAGUUUUCAGGGACGUGAAGGCUACCUUAUAACUGGGACGCGUCUGACUCGGCAACAAAUCGAGGAUCUAACGACCAUGUCUUUGGAAUACGAGAAAGGUGCUGCUAUGAGGAUGGCUCACAACAACCCCAAUUUUAAUACCAACGGCAAAUCGGCACAGUAUAUCAAUGAAUUGGUAAGCUUUGGGCCACGCGAUCAGGAACCAGAACUUCCCACCGAUCGAAAAAAGGACCGUGAAAGAGAAACCGAGAGAAAUAGAGACAGAUACGUUCCAUCGGACCGUCGUACCCGGCAGAAACAAUCGUGGUGA